UGAAGGGGUGGCCCGUGGAGGGGUACGUCAGCUUAUUAGUAGUAGGGGCCACAUUGCCGCCUAAUUUGCCGUAUCGCCCCAUAGACAGUCUUAUUAGCUACUCUCGUAUUUGCCCGAGGAGAAAAUGCGAGGUACCUAAUAACUACCUAGGGUCUGAUUCCUAAGCGUUGCUUGGUGUUAUUGUGGCCUCAUAUUUAAAGGCAGUAAUCGCCCAGGGAACGAUGAAGGUUGGGUCAUUCUGUGCGCAACUGCAUUCCUGGCGACACUUGGAUCACGUGAGGAAGCUGAACGAAGCAAUAAACGUCAAAUUCUCAUCGACAGAGCAACAUUGUGUUUGCUCAUCGCGACCACACGUAGCAGCACACCAGCAGCAUCCCGACUAUCAAGCGUCACUUACCCCAGAAUGUCGGUCGAGAACUCUCAGGAUGAGCUGGAUGUCGAAACCUUCGGUCCCUUAGUCUCAAUUCCGGCCUCUUCUCUAAUUCUUCUCGCGUCAAAAAUACAAAAAAAGGCUCUCGACUCUCAGGCUUCGACAAGCAGUCUAGUCGCCCGGGUCAGCGGGUCGUAUAAUAUUGCCCACAUCAUCCAGCUAGAUAACAUCAAGCUGGUGAUACGUGUGCCGGCCACUGGAUGGGGUAGUGGAAUGACAGAGACAGCCGCCGAUGCGAUUCGGUCACAUGUCACCACCUUGCGCCUGAUCAAGUCCCAGACCACGAUUCCGGUCCCGGAAAUCUAUGGAUUCGAUACCACUUGCGACAAUGAGAUUGGAGCUCCAUAUAUCUGCAUGAGCUUUAUGCCAGGCGCGCCAGUAUCUCAGGCUUGGUUUGAUCCCCUCAACCCAAGCCUCGAAGCUCGACGCCUCAGGAUUUUGACCUCUCUAUCACAGGCUUUGGCUCAGCUCGCCAAGUUUAGCUUCAAGAAGAUUGGAUCUCUCCAAGCUGAGGAGGAUGGGCGUCUCGUUGUUGGCCCCUGCUACAGCUGGCACGAGAACGACGACGGCAGCUUCAGCGUUGUAGCGUCGGGCCCAUAUGACACUAUGUCUACCUACCUUCGGGAGAACUCUGCGGUGAGAAAAAGAGAUAAUGAGUGGGGGGUUGCGGAAUACAAGUUGUUAGAUGUCAUUGUUCCUUGUCUUCCUGUCGGGAGCCGAGACGAAUCGUUUGUUCUUUCCGCCCCUGACCUGGACUCGCAAAACGUUCUAGUAGACGAGGAGGGCAACGUCACAGGAAUUAUCGACUGGGACCAUGUUCAGACCAUGCCCCGGUGCGUCGGCUACUCUGGCUAUCCGAGUUGGAUUACGCGCGAUUGGGAUCCACUCAUGUACGGCUGGCCGAGGAUGAAAGAUUCAGAGAACUCGCCAGAGGAACUUGACCGGUACCGGGAGCAUUUUGACCGGGAAAUGGGUGCGGCUCUAGGCUGGGAGGGGGACUGGAUUUACACCAAAAAGUCUCAUAUUAGGGAAGCGGUAUGGAUUGCCGCCUUGCAUAGUUUGAAUAGGCCGGAGAUUUGUCGAAAAUUGGUUGAGGUCGCAAUUGGAGGCCAGGGAGAGGAGGUAGAUGCCUUAGGUAUGAUGUACGAUCUUGGUUCAGAUUACCUAGACGAGCAGGAAUGGCGCGAUCUCAAACAGAAGUUGGAGGCCCUCGUCUCCUGAAAUUCAUGUAUACUGGUUGCCGAAAAAGGUCCUCGUUCUCCCGGCGAUAGAUCUUAUCGAGUUCGCCAUCGAGAAUCGCCGUUUCCUUCACCACUGGUGCAAGAAACAGGUGAAAUAUCCCCCUAUUAGACGCGCAAGAAAAGCUACGAAGGCCUUCACUAAGUCCGUCAAGAACAUCCCUUGGUAUUAAAGUACAUUCCUGAACGGCUAUUCCGU